GUUAUUAUUCUGAGGAAUGAAUAGAGAGUCCGUUGGUAGUUUGCUCUGUGUCGACGUCUGUGUGUGUGGAUAUUAAAAGGCACCGGAGAGGGUGAAAAGAUUCUUCCAUAAGGAAUAAAAUAGAGAGAUGAAAUAUCCGUCAAGUGGGCGGGUGGGGGGAAGGAGAUACCAUGAAUGAAGUCAGUUUACGGAGAGAUGCAGGGAAUCUGUGACUGUGUAAGCAAACUUGCACGUGACAGGCAGACACCCCACUUGUCACAAUAAUCUAUUCUGCAAGUGGCAUCCCACUUGGCAUCCAUCAUGCUCUCUCUUCUCUCUCUUCCUCUCCUAUUUUUCUAAUCCAAUUUAAUUAACUGCCAAAUCUGCAAAACCAGCUUGGAGCUUGUAAGCUCGAUCCAUAAUCCUAUUUGGCAUUUCAUCAAACAGCUGAGAUGUACCAGCCUUCCUCUUCCUCCUCCUCUUCUUCUCAGGCACACAACUCAACCGUUUCUGAACCAGCUUUGACCCGCUACGGUUCAGCCCCUGGCUCUCUCCUCCGCACAGCCGUCGAUGCUGUCAUAGCCGGAGGGGCUGGAGGCCCCCGACAUCCUCAUCCUCUCAUGCCUACGGGAUCCCACUACUUCUCCGGGGAGUCCUCCGAGUCCACCUCCAAAGUCAACGACAGUUCCAAAGAUCAUAACCUUCAGAGAAGCUCCCCCGCCGGCUUCCUCUCCCACCUUGCUGACAAUGCUGGUACCGAAAGUAUUCUCUCUCAGAUAUCAGAGGUAAGCGAGAGUGUUGUGGUGGAUGCAUCCACUUCUGAGCGUGCUUAUGCAAUGGACCACUGCUGGGACAACUCUAACUCCAACUCCAGCUCCAUUGUCUUCUCCGCCCCGCCCUCCAAACGCUCCAAAAAUAUUGACGGUGACAUCCUAAAUUGUCUCACUGCCUUAGACUCUCAGUAUAGUCUGCCACAAACUGCUCUUGAAAUGGCAACAAUGGAGAAGCUAAUGCACAUUCCUGAAGACUCUGUCCCUUGUAAAAUCCGUGCUAAGCGAGGCUGUGCCACUCACCCUCGCAGCAUUGCAGAACGGGAGAGAAGAACUAGAAUAAGCGGUAAGCUGAAGAAACUGCAGGAACUUGUACCCAAUAUGGAUAAGCAAACAAGCUAUGCAGACAUGCUAGAUUUGGCAGUUCAACAUAUUAAAGGUCUUCAAACUCAAGUCCAGGUGCGUAAAAAUAUAUUAGUGUUCACUGUAUAAAGCACAUAUUGUCUCCAGAUAUUAACUGAUAUAUUAAAAAAAGCUUCAUGGGAAAUAGGAA